GUAAUAGUGAGACGAAUUACGAAGACCCACAACGUCGUCAAUAUGUCGUCUCUCCUCUGGUUCACCUUCACCUUCAUGGUGCUCUGUGCAGUGCACUGUUACCCCUCUGAGCAAAUUUCAUCUGGCAUUUCUGCUGAACAGGAGGAGGACCCAGUCAAUGACAACAGUCUGAAAGAAGAGGAAAAUGAUAUCUCAACUUUACUUGAGAAAGCGAACAAGUAUGUGGGACAAGAACUGGAUGAGCCAACUGUCAUUGGGGACAUUGCCAUUCCUACUGAUCUUGGGAAUGCUGAUCCUUGCACAUCUCGCGGAUGCAAGUGGAAAAAAUCAUCAAACGGGCUUGUUUCUGUGCCUUAUGUAAUCUCCAAUCAGUACUCAUCACGAGAAAGGGCCAUCAUUGAGCGAGGGCUGCAGUCCUUUGCUGCCUCCACCUGCAUCCGUUUCAAGCGACGUACCAGGGAGAGAGACUUUGUGGACAUCCAGUCUCGCGGAGGGUGUUACUCCUUUGUGGGGCGACGUGGUCGCGGUCAGGUGGUGUCUCUGAGUCGCCAGGGCUGCGUGUUUCACCAGAUCGUCCAACAUGAACUCCUGCACGCCCUAGGAUUCAACCACGAGCAGACACGCAGCGAUCGUGAUCAGCAUGUUCGUAUCUUGUAUCAGAACAUCAUUCGAGGUCAGGAGCACAAUUUCAGGAAAAUCAAUACCAACAACCUAGGGACCCCAUAUGACUACAGCUCUGUCAUGCACUAUGGGAGGUACGCCUUCUCCAGAAACAGGCAGCCAACCAUUGUCCCCAUUCCAAACAGUAAUGUGGCAAUUGGAAGAGCGACACAGAUGAGUCGCUUUGACAUUCUGAGGAUUAACAGGCUCUAUGGGUGUAAAAAGCGUGGAAGAUCCGGGUAAUUCAAGACUGGUAUCUCACGAAAGAAGAUUCCCUUUUUUUUUUUUUUUGGGAAAGGAAAUGCAACGCUUAAGCUCAUAAAAAAAAAAAAAUAUAUAUAUAUAUGUAUAGCUUACUUCAUCAAGGCAUUCUUUAAAACCUCUCAGUGUAUGUCAUAAAUAAAAGGAUAACAAUGCGCUGUUAAACAUCAGACCUGAGUGAAAUAUUUCUGCUGCGCCAAUAAAGCAUGUUUACCUUGCAAAACA